AUGUUCAUGCAACGUACAAAGGAGAUUAUAUCGUAUAACGGAGGUGAUCAGGGUUUCCUAAAUGAAGUAUACGUAUGGUGGCAUAGGUUGCCUCGAAGGGUUAAUUUCUUAAAGAAUUUUUGGUCAAAUAAUUCUAACGAGGUCAGUGUUAAGAACCAACUAUUCGGGGCAGAUCCUCCAAAAGUGUACGCUAUACAUUAUCUAGGGUUAAAGCCAUGGGUUUGUUACAGGGACUACGAUUGUAACUGGGAUAUAGGAGAUCAACGUGUUUAUGCUAGCGAUGUCGCGCAUAAGACAUGGUGGAAACUCCAUGACUCCAUGGAUGAGAGCUUACAGAAAUGUUGUAAGUUGACAAAGCAGAGGAAAAUUGAGUUAGAAUGGGAUAGGAACUUGGCUGGAAAAAUGGGAUUUAAAGAUGAACAUUGGAGGAUUAAUGUUACUGAUCCUAGAAAAUUCACUUGA